UGAUUCUUUGACGUCAAUGCGGAAUCCACCUAGACACGAUAUGUUAUAUUAGCGGACCACAGUCGCCGUUUAAAGAUAAACCAAAACAAACUAAUGUACGCGUGAGACACAUCUAAAAUUAUUGAAAGGAGAAGAUGAGCGAACUAUUCAAAUCAGGUAAACUAAACCAAUUAGGUGGAGUGUUUGUGAACGGCAAGCCACUUCCAAACUCUGUUCGCCAACGAAUUAUCGAGAUGGCUGAGCUCGGCAUUCGCCCAUGCGAUAUCAGUCGCCAACUGAAAGUUUCACAUGGCUGCAUCAGCAAGCUACUUGCUAAGUACAACGAUACUGGGUCAUUUGAGCCCGGGCGCGCUAAAAGAAAGACAUCGAGAGAUGUGAGCACCGAAGUGAGGAACAAAAUUGAAGAAUAUCGCCGCGCAGCGCCAGGAAUCUUCUCUUGGGAAGUUAAAGAAAAGUUGGUAGCCGAUGGUUUGUGUACGAAAGAAACGUUGCCGCCUCUUACCGUGAUUAGCAGGUUGCUACGACGCGUGAGAUCCACGGGCAGUGACACUGAGAUAUCACCUGUUGCUGCCAAGGAUGUGGAAAUGGACUGCUCCAAAGAAAACGAACACCGGAAGAACUUUACUGUUUUUUCAAUAGACAAUAUCCUCAUGGAAAAAGAGAAAUGGGAAACACACGAAGAAAAGGUAGACACUGGAGAGAUGAUUACUACCAAAGUGAUUGAACUUGGAUGCACUGUCACCGAUUCGGUUCUAAAUGACUUACCAAGUCCAGCAAGCAAUAACUGCAACAACAACGGCCAUAAUGCAGUAAGGUUGUAUCAGCGGAGAAACAGAACCAAGUUUACGUCUGACCAAAUUGAAGAGCUCACAAAAGCUUUUGAGAAAACUCGCUAUCCAGAUGCUCUAACACGAGAGGAACUUGCCGAGAGACUUCGUAUAAGUGAAUCCAAGAUUCAGGUUUGGUUUUCGAACCAUCGCUCCAAAUCUAAAAUAAAAAAAUCUCAUAGGGCAGAAGUUGAGAUGGACGUAAAUGCAGUACCAACGACCAAGACGGGUAUUUUCUAUCCAUCAUAUCCUGUGGUACCUGUGAUACGUUACGGGCCGUAUAUUCAGGCGACUCGUGUUUGUCCCUACAUUUGUUACAAGCCACUUCAAAUGGCUUCGCGCUAGCUAAAAAUUUUAAUGUUUAUUUUUGUAAUUUUUCAUCGAACUUACCAUAUUGCAUGGAACAAUACUGGUCGGAACUCGUAUCAUUUAUUUGACAGUUUGUCACCUCAUACAGAGUCUGUUCGUCUGAUGAAUUUUGUUAACCUGUAUUAAACAGAAUUCACACUUGUUUUACGUUUGCACUUUUUACUUCAUAGUUGUAUACCUUAUCUACCUAAUGUCUUUUUGAAAAUAAUAAACUUUUCAACGUUUGAUCUCAAA